CGGCCCGCCUCAUACCUCCCGGGUGUAGCCAGCCAGCAAGAAUCGAGCGUUCACACCUGACCCUGGUGCUGCCGGACGUGGGCCCACCUUGUCAGCUAGCCAGCCGGCGUAGCAGCAGGAGCGGGAGGAGAUAUGAAGUGGGGUCUGGCCGCCGCCGUCGCGUCCGCCGCGGCCGUCGCUGCGGCGUCGGGCGCCGAACUCCUCGCCUGCGACUGCGACGCCCCUGGGCCGCAGGCCGCCGCCGCCGCCGCCGUCGGGCGGUGCGACGGGUUGCUUUCCCGGCACCACGACGAGGACCACGAGGGGUCGGCGUCCUCAGCGUCGAGGGGAAACGGUAACCGCGGCAUCGGCGGGGACAGGUUCGCGCCACGGUUCGACGGGCUGCGCUUCAUCGAGACACUCGUCACGGCGCACCGCUGAAAACAACGAGCCGCCGCGAGGCUGGCUGGCUAUCUUCGGAGGAUGGCAAUUCACGCCAUGAUUCGGCGAUCUGUUGGUGGCACGUAGGCCACCGAGUUUUGUUAGGACAAUUCAGGCUUCGAUCUUCGUCUUCCUUCUCUCUUUUUCCCCCCUUCGGUGUUGUCUCGUUCUUGUUGGUGAUGGUGAUGAUUGUUGAGAGGAUUAAGACUCUAAGCGGUAUGUAAAAUUUGAGCAUUUACUCUGGUUGUUAUGUUUCACAAUUGUUGAAGAGCUGAUUUGUUUUCUUGGACAAGCA